AUGAAGCUCCUCACCACCAUCCUCCUCCUCAUCACCCUCCUAACCCUCACCUCAGCCCACCCCGACAAGCCGAAACCCCCCAAGCCCCCCAGCAAAUGCGACGACUACCCCUGCCGCAGCUGCUGCACAAGCUGGUCUAUCUGUAUCCAGAAAUGCAGUUUCUUCCACACCAACCCGCGCCGUUGCACCGAACAGUGCCAGGAUCAGAAGUGCAAGGGGGAGUUCGAGUUUUGCAAGACUGAGUGUCACUUUGAUCAUUGUGAGCCGGAUUGGGCGGAUGAUCCGGGUGUUGCGCUUACGUUGCUGCCGUUUCCGUUUAUGCCGCCGCCGAGGACGGUGGAUGCGGUGGCGCUGGAAGCUCCGGCUGCGACUGCGGUGGUUAGUGUUGAUGUUGGUGUCAAUGUCGGUGAGGGUGGUGAGGGUGAUGAUGAUGGCGAUGUCGAUAAGGGCGGCGUCGAAGGUGCCUUGGUCAACAAGACGGAUGUUCAGGAGGUCAAUGCGACUAAGGUUGGUGUAGUCGAGGUUGACAAGGUUGAGUAG